AUGGCGGGCUGGUGGCCGGCGCUGCCGCGCGCCGCCCGGCGCUACCCGUGGCCCACGAACGUGCUGCUCUACGCGGCGCUCUUCUCCGCCGGCGACGCGCUGCAGCAGCGGCUACGGGGCGGUCCGGCCGACUGGCAGCAGACGCGGCGCGUGGCCACCGUGGCCGUGACCUUCCACGCCAACUUCAACUAUGUGUGGCUGCGCCUGCUGGAGCGUGCGCUGCCGGGCCGUGCGCCGCGCACCGUGCUGGCCAAGGUGCUGUGCGACCAGGCGAUCGGCGGGCCCGUGGCCGUGUCGGCCUUCUAUGCCGGUAUGAGUAUUCUCCAGGAAAAGGAUGACAUAUUUUUGGACCUGAAACAGAAAUUCUGGAAUACGUACAAGAGCGGUCUGAUGUACUGGCCUUUUGUGCAGCUGACCAACUUCGGCCUGGUUCCUGUUCACUGGAGGACCGCUUACACCGGACUCUGCGGCUUUCUGUGGGCCACCUUCCUCUGCUUUUCACAACAGAGUGGCGAUGGCACGUUCGAGUCGGCUUUCGCCUUCCUUCACGUAAAGGAGGCCAGGGCACUUGAAAGGCCCCCCGAGAAAUGAGAAGCCAAGGAUUCCCUGACAAUGACGAUGUUCUUUUUCUUUCUUUGUUUCCUCUUCUUCUUUUUUUAAUGCGGUGGAUUCCCUGCUGAUAAAAGAGUCAACCUACCAGUUAUGUGCUCCAUUUUGGAGAAUGACUUUUGCAUAGACUCCAUCGUUCCAUUAUCCAUGAAUACGUAAAAUUUUAUCCUUUUUUUCCCCCCCAUUCUGGUCUGAAAGUCUCACUUCUCUUCUAUUUUUACUCCUCUCAUUAUUUGGUUAAUACUGGUAAUAGUGACAUCAUGGCAUUUGGCAGUUGUUCUGAUUUCUAUGCUGAUAUCUUAAUGCCGGUUGAUUUAAAGGACCUGUUUUGAUCAUUUACAUUUCAUGUCUAAAAUCUCAGGUUAUCCCCCCAAACACUUUUGGGUCAGUUCAACUUUUAUACCAAACGUAGUCCUUAGAGUAAAUUUCUAUUUACAUAGAGCUCAGUCGAGGAGAAGAUUGAAAACCGAAUUCUUUUUUCUCAGAAUACCUUGUAUAAUAAUUUAUUGUUAAUGCUGACACUCAGUUCCGUAAGUACAUUUUAUGCUGUCAAAACAAUAGUAGUAUCUAAUUGGCGUGUCCCGUACGGAACGUCUUUUACGGACAUUUUCUACUUUUGUAAUUUCGAAGUUAAGCACUUUUUAGUUAGUGUGUCUAGUUUUGAGCCUAUUUAGUUGACUCAAGGACCUCGUUUUCUAGACAUAGGAAAAAUUUCUGGCUUCUAAAAGACCUAUAUUGAGUGAAGUUUCUAAGAAAAUGAACAAUUUUUCUUCCUCUGGAAGGAAAAACUCUAUUCCAUAGAUCUCCAGGGAAAAGAGUUACCCCGAAUUUCACACUGAGGUUAUAUUUCUAAAAAUCGGUGCUUUCCAGGGGCACUCGGUUGGCUCGGUUGGUUGGGCAUCUGAUUCUUGAUCUUGACUCAGGUCUUGAUCGCCCAGUUGUAAGUUUGAGCCCCACCUUGGGCUUCACACUGGGCGUGGAGCCUACUUAAAAAAAAUUGAUACUUUCCAAUCUUUAUCAGUAAUCUUUAAGCUAGACCUGAGAAACUUGAUCCAGGCUUUCAGAUUUACUCAGUUUGUCUGACCUCAAAACCAGUGGGUCUAAAAAUGAUAUGAAUAUCUCAAGAAGUUUCAGCAAACGUCACCUAAGAAUUGUACCACAAUGUCGCUGCUUCCAGUGGAGUCUUGCACACAUUUUAAGAUGGGAAGCACUGAAAUGUUAUUACAUUGAUCUUGCGAAUUUGUAUUUAAUUGAAGAAUGUAUCCUUAAAUUUUUUAUGCAAAUAAUUUAUAAUAUAAAUUUAUGUAGGUCCUAAGUAUAUAAUGUCUAAGUAUAUGAUUUAUUUUAAUUUAGUAGGUAUUAAUAUAUUUUACAUUUUUGGGACAAUAGUAAGGAAAUUUCUAGAUAGCUUCUUGUUAUCUACAUUGUUUUGAAAGUCAUUAAUACAAUGGAAAAGCUAUUUCAUAAUACCUAAGACAAAUUUGUCAUUAAAAAAGUGUGUCUUGAGUAACUAUGCGAAAGUACUACCUGGCAAUCUCUUUGAUGAGCUUCAACGUUACUUUUAUGACGGAAGAGCAGUGUUUGCAUUUUGUGUUAAAGUAUUUGGGAACACAGACCUUGUUUAUAACGUCAAGGAAAAAAGCUUAUUGUUCAUAAACGAGUAAAUCUUCAUAAAUCUUUACCCGAUAAUGUGCUGCUCUGUGCUGUAGAGAAUAUACAGCAUGUAUUCUCAGAAUUUUUGCAAGUAAUACACUUCUGAUUUUUACGCAAUAGUACUUUUGUGUUUUCGUGUGAGAAAUGGAAGGUAUUCCAAGCAAUGCAACAUUUGUCUAUUUUAAAAUGCUGCCAAUCUUGGUAAAACGCGUUCUGAACCUUCCGGGUUUGGAACAGAGCAGGGGGCCCCCACCCUUUCUCCAGAUUUUCCCGUUCGGUAAGGUGUCUCUAACUUGGUUGCAUGUUGCAACCAUGUUCCUCUGGCCCUGCGCUUGCUCAGGCAAGCACCUAUCAUUCGCUUCCCUGAACAGAGUUGAGACAGAUUGGAUUUUCAAAAACAACUUUACCUAAUACGUGUAGAAAACAAAAGGGAAGUUUGGAAGGGGAGUUUGAGAAAUGCCAAAGCAUUUAAAAAAUUAUUUUAAACAUUUUUAAAAAUUUAAAUUCAAUUAACCUAUAACGUAUUACCGGUUUCAGAGGUAGAGGUCAGUGA